AUGCUGGAAAUCAACAACUAUAAAUGGCAAGCAUUGCACCUUCUUACCAAUGAGGUCGACGAAACCGCUCCCGCCGAAGACUCUGGAAACGUGUGGUAUUUUGGGCCAGGACUUAACAAUGGAUCGGCCUACGCAAAGGUUGAUGGCGGAAACUUGACAGUCCCAUCAGACACAACCACAUACCUCGACAGCGGGGCAUUCCUCAACGCCAGAAUUCUGUUCAACAACGUAUCCAACUCUGGCAUCCUCGGGCAUGGAUUUCUCUACAACUCGCCCAAUGGCGGCGCCAUCCUCAUCGAACGCUCAUCCAGCAUUUUUGUCGCAGGGGUCACCGCCCUGAACGCGAGCGGCUUCUCCCUCACGACAGGUGAGGCAAAGAAUGUCCACAUCAACCGUUACCGAUCCUUCUCAUCCGCCGGAAAUGGUGAUGGCCUCGAUUUCUUCUGUUCCCAGGAUAUUUUGGCCGAGAACUGCUUCUUGCGCAACUCAGACGACACCCUAGCCAUCUACGGUCAUCGCUGGGGUUACUACGGCGAGACCAGGAACAUCACGCUGAGAGAUUCGGUCUUGUUGCCAGACAUUGCACACCCGAUCAAUAUCGGGACGCAUGGGAACCCGGAGAGCCCUGAGACACUUAGCGGGAUCCACAUCAGCAAUGUCGACAUCUUGGAUCACAACGAGGCUCAGAUGUGGUACCAAGGUUGUAUCGCGGUCAAUGCUGGCGACGCGAACCACGUGCAGGAUGUACUGGUCGAGGACGUCCGGGCGGAGAAGAUCACAAAGGGCCAGCUUGUCAACCUCCGCGUCAUGCAGAAUGGCAGGUGGACGACGGCGCCGGGCAGCAGUAUCCGCGACGUCACGUUCAGGAAUUUGGAGCUGGAUCUGGAGAAUUCGGAGACUGUGAACCCGUCGCAGAUUCUGGGAUGCAAUUCGAAGAGGAAUAUCCAGAACUUCACUUUUGAGAACUUGAAGGUUGGUGGGGAGUUUGUGCACGAGGGCAUGGCCAUGCCGCGGUGGUUCUUGGUUUCGGAUUAUGUUCCUCUGUUCGCUAAUGAGCAUGCGUUGAAUGUCUCGUUCAAGUUGACGGAGGGGUAA